AAAUAUUCCAUUAGCCGCAGGGGCCGAGAACUGGGAGGGGUCUGCGGAGUAGUAGCGGCUUGCUUUGCAUUCUCGCUCGCCGCGCUGUCUGGAAACGGAUUCUCGCCGAGAAGAGAGAAGACCACCGUCAUCGCGAGGAAAAAGCCCUGCUAAAUUGCGACAAUGCGUGACUACUCUGAAAACAAGGAAACAUGUGGGACCAUCUGUCUCAAAUAUCUCCUCUUCAUCUUCAACUUCUUUUUCUGGCUGGCAGGUGGAGCCGUGAUGGCAGUGGGCAUCUGGACCCUGGCUGAAAAGAGCGAUUACAUAAGCCUCCUGCAGUCCAAUACAUACAUGGCAACAGCCUACAUCCUGGUGGUGGCAGGCGUUGUGGUCAUGAUCACCGGCAUCUUGGGCUGCUGUGCUACAUUCAGGGAGCAGCGGAGCCUCCUGAGAGUGUAUUUUAUAUUGCUGCUGUGCAUCUUCCUGCUUGAGGUAAUUGCUGGAAUCCUGGCCUAUAUCUACUACCAGCAGCUGAAUACGGAGCUGAAGCAAAAUCUGAAGGAGACAAUGACCCAGAAGUACAUGAAGCCGGAAGAAGUGUCUGUGACUAGUGCGGUGGACAAACUGCAGCAGGAGUUUAAGUGCUGUGGCAGCCAUAACGCUUCAGACUGGAGUGACAGCGAAUGGAUCAAAUCUCCUGAUGCAUUAAACCGGAAGUUCCCUGACAGUUGCUGCAAGACAGUGACAGAUAAAUGUGGCCAAAGAGAUCAUCCUUCGAAUAUCUACAAAGAGGGUGGCUGCAUCACUAAACUGGAAAACUUCAUCCAGGAACACCUGAAAAUCAUUGGAGCAGUGGGGAUUGGCAUUGCUUUUGUACAGAUAUUUGGGAUGCUCUUCACUUGCUGUUUGUACAGGAAUUUGAAAUCUGAGCCUUACUAGGGAAGCUUGGAAGACCACCCCACCUGCUUGACUACACCAUGUUCCAUCCCAUCACCCUAUCCUUUUAGGCGGCAGCACAGAAAAAAUCAACCUCGCAAGGACAUCUGCUGCUUAAGGAAACUUAUUCUCACCCAGUGCCUCUGCCAGAGAGAGAGAGAGAUCAGUUGACCUCCUUAUGGCAGUCGUGGAGGCCCAGGGCUCACCCAGUCUUUUCUUUGUGGUCCAGAGUCAUGGAGUUGUAGAAUUCUUAACUGCCAGAAAUGUUUCCAAGCCCAGGCCCAAGCAUUCAAUCUGAAAGAGAGAUCAUCAACGCUGCCAGGGGCCCUGGCACCUUUCCUGUUUCCCUUUUAGCUCUCUUUUAACCAAGACAUUGACUCCCCGAUCGGCUGACAACUAGCCCACAAGGAUGCAUAAGGCAUUCACAGGUUGGGAGAUUUAAAUCCUCUCUUCCUGCACCCAGAAGAAGUGCCUUUCUGGACCAGUGGAAGUUCUGAUGCGGCGGCUCUUUCCCAUCCAAGGCAGUGCCUCCUUCUGCUGGGUAAUCUCUUCUCCCGAUCUCCUUGAGGUUGUGCCUGAGAGAUGGAUGGACUAGGUUACCCACAAAGCCGGCUGCUUCAUCCUCAGGGCCUUCCCUCUGCCCCAACAGGAGGCCCCCCUGGAGACGAGUCUUGUGCCUUUCAGGCCAGGUGUUGGAGGACGUUCUUUUGUUCUCUUAAUUAGAAGCCUUGGCCUACUUUUUCCAACAGACACACAAACAAUAAGCUUUCUGUUGAAAUGGCUUCCUUCCUCAACUGUGCUGUCAAGAUAACCCGACUCUGUGGAAUUGUGCAGCUCCCCUUUUCAUAGGAAUGAGCAUCCUCUCCCAGAAUGACACAUCAUUUAACUGGGGAGAACAUACUUCUACUUGCUUUUGUGUUGAUCUUCAAAGUCUGAUUAGCCAGCCAGGUACUCUCUGGCUGGCAUGAAAACCCAGAAUUCAGCUCUCCUAUUCCCCUCUUUCAUUAAUUUACUGAGUAUGCUUCAUACCAAAAUGAUUUCAAUUGGCAGUAAGGCAUAAAAUUGCAAAUUGAACUAUUUGGUGCAAGGAGAGAAAGUGGCCGCUAUCUUUUGUAUCUACAGCAGUUGCCUCUCCUGCUGUAGAGGAGGCUAUUCUAGGAAUGGCUUCCAACAGCAGAUUUGCUAGUUUUCCCAAGAAUUCACCCACUCUAAAGGUUUUCACAGAAUAUGUUUUAGAAACACUAAAAGCAUCCUUGAUAGAGUAGGUGUCCAGAUCCUGUUUGUAUAGCCCGUGUCCAAGUAUUCCUUCCCCAUUCUUGCAUUGAACUGUUUCACGACUGCCUCACAUUUUGAUUUCAGUAAGGUACCUCUUCCAUUUAACAGCUUUCCCCACACCUCAUUUGUAGGUCCAUUGUAGCAACAGCAGCAUGCUGAAGAAUAUACUUCCUGUAACUGAUGGGGAACCAGGUGGGCCCUCCAGAUGUUGGACUACAGCUCCCAUCAUUCCUGGCCAUUGGUAAUAGUAGCUGGUGGCUGAUGAUCGUUGAAGUCCAAUAUAUGGACCCCCAUCCCUCUCCUAUCCGACUGAAAGUCUCCCGAGUAAACAGUGUGGCCGCUUGUGUAUUGGCAUUCUAUAGGUUCCGUUGAAGCUCUUGCAUUGCCCCUCCAUAGCCCAUUCUUCCCUGUCCCCUUUCACAUACCUGGCUGGGGGCAAGAGCAAUCACAUGGCCUAAGGAAGCUUUCCCCCAGUCUCUGGCGCCUUCCUGACAUUGCCAGACUCCCAGCUUCCAUCAUACCUUACUGUGGACGAUAGCAGUUGGGAGUCCUAACAACAUUGGAGGGCACCAGGCUGUGGAAAGUUGAUCCCCCACCAUCACCACCAAAGGCCAACGUAUACAGGUUUUGCCCAACCUGGGAACCUAGUCUUACACUCCAGGAUUUUCCUUAGCUGGCUAGAUGUGACUUUCUCCAACUAAAGUAGAGACUAAAGGUAAUUCCAUCUCCAGCCCUUUGUGGGCUCUGAUAGGCAAGCACUUAAUAUAAACACACCACCCAAGAAAGUCCAUGUCACAUAAUUGCCUCUCAUGGGUGCAGUGAAAACUGGAGUGUCCUCUUGGCUGCUUUGCUCAGGAGGUUCAGGAACAGUUCAGGAGGCAGCUGGGGAGACGUAAAGCAUGAUCACACAUGGUAAACGUCCUUGCAGGAGAAAGGUUUUGCGCCAUUCUCACUGUAAAGGUGGGUGGGUAUCUAAAUUAUUACAAAUUAAAUUGCUAAAUUAUUUCUUUAUACCUACCUGAUGUUUCUCUCCCCACUCCCCAACCUGCAAGAAAACAGAAGGUCCUGAUUGCAGUUGCUUGAAACAGUAUUUGACUACUGAAGUGCAUUUGUGUGGAUGGCUAGCUUUCUCUCCACCUCCCUCCACUGGGGAACUAUAUUGUGCCAUGGUAAGAGAGGGCCAGGGGUUGCCAGGCAGCAAUCUGUGCUUGCUCUUUGGUUUUUCCUCAUAUAAUAACCAUGCUUUAAAUACAGUUUAUGUUGCUGGCCAAUAAAGCUAAUAUUGUCUGUA